AUGGAGGAGGUUGAGACAUGGUUUCAGCUGGAACGGGUGUCAAUAGUCAAUUGUGAUAUGGAUUGUUUGCCUGAGUUGCAGUUUGAGUGCCCAAGCCUCUUGAGUUUGAACAUUCAGCAUAAUCAAAGGCUAGAAAAUCUGCCAAAGUUCUUUCUAAGACAAAUGUCAAAUCUCACAUACUUGAAUCUAUCUUCUACUAAAAUCCAUGAGCUCCCAAAUGAGAUCAUCACACAUUUGUUUAACCUCGAGUUUCUUGACAUAUCACGUACAAAAAUCAAAUCACUUCCACACGAGCUGGGAAAUUUGAAAAAGUUGAAAUACCUUUUCUGUGGAUAUCUGUUUUUAGGAAAAUUACAAGCUGGGCUAUUAUCAAAUUUGUACAGUCUACAGGUGCUUGACCUAUAUCCAUAUGGGUAUGUAGAACCAAAGGAAUUGGAGAUACUGAGAAGCUUUAAAGGUAUAGGAAUGUGUGCAUCUACUAAUGAGAUUCUCCAACAAUUCUCCCACCUGCCAAUUGUCAAUAUUAAUAUUCAAGAAAUUGAAGGCUUGCUGACACUUCAACUUAGUAGUUUAACAAGUGAAGUUCAUGGGUGGCCAAAGGAUCUUCAAAUCAUAUCAUGCACUACCAUUCAAAACAUAGUGAUUACUAAUAGAACUAAGAUAAAUCUCAAGUUUCUCAGAUUAUUUGAUCUCCCGAAAUUGAGAAGUUUUAUUUGGAGGAUUGAGCCGAAAGAAGUUUUUCCAAUGCUUCAACUUGUCCAAAUUGAAGCAUGCCACUCUUUGACAAGUCUUCAUUGGGUCUUGCAUCUCCCGCUCCUCUAUGUUUUGGUAUUAAAAAAUUGUGAUGCAAUAGAAGAAUUGAUAGAUGAAGAGGUGGGAGAAAUUGAAGAAGACAAAGCCAUCACUACGUUUCCCAGACUAAAGUAUUUGACAAUAGUUCAUUUACCGAAGCUAGUGAAAAUAAGCAGUUGUGUAUUAGAUUUCCCUCAUCUGCCAAAGGUUCACUUGGAGGACUGUCCAAAUUUGAAGAGGCUUCCAUUCAAGCCCGAUAUCAUCAACAACCAAGGCCUAUUGAUUAAAUGUGAGAAGAAAUGGUGGGAGAUAUUAGAGUGGGAUGAUGCCACUAUACAAUCCCAAUUUUGCUCAAAUAGCACAGAAGAGGAAGAAAUUACAGAAUUUUUUGGAUCAAAAGAUAUUCAGCUGAAAGAACUUCGAAAAAAGAAUGCUAAAGGCUUGCAAUUGGAACCUUUUGCCGGUAAAGAAGAUAUCUUCAAUGUUUUAAAAAGUAGCAACUUUGUAUUGCUUUUGGACAAUAUAUGGGAAGAAAUGUGUGCCACGAUGGGUGCAGAAGAAAUGAUCAUCAAAGUGGAAUGCUUGGAACCAGAUGAAGCAUGGGAUCUUUUCAAGGACAAUGUUAAUCUAAAUGUUAUUGAGUCAAAUGAAAAUUUUAAAAAAAUAGCAUGGCAGGUGAUGAGAAAGUGUGGUGGUUUGCCACUUGCUCUGAAAGUGGUUGGUAAGGCCAUGUCAAACAAAAAAUCUGUUCAAGAUUGA